UCUUACGAGACACAAAAAGAAGCCUCCUCUCUCCGAUUGAGGCGCGGACUUCCACAUAUUGAAUCAUGACAGCAGAUAUCCAAAUCCAAAUCCAAUGCCCUUCUUCUCGUCUUCCCCAUUUUGGAUCCCACUCCUCAUGCCUUCCGAAACACACACACUCCCAAGAAAUCCUUCUUGCAAUGCACUCGGAAAAUCACCAACACCCCUCCCGCCCCCCACGCAGACUCCCACUUCAAUUGCACCAAAUGAAAUGAUUCCCGUUUUUGUGGGCAGCCAUUCAUGAUCCAUGCAGACCUAUUUUACGUAGUGCUCUUUUGUCUCUUUUACGUUUCUCAGUUCUCGAAGAAUUUCUGGGAUCCAAAAUUAAUGGGGACUUUUGGUAACUAUAGACAGUAUUCGAAAUCCAAACUUUUCCCCGAUGGAAAUGUCCCAUCAACGUCUUAUCCAUCUCCUUCUUCGAAUUCGAACAAUAAGAUUUGGUCCAAGUUUAUUCCGGUUUUGGUGGGAUUGGUGGUCAUAGCAGAGAUCUUGUUCUUGGGCCCUCUCGACAUGGCCAAGGACGGCGACAUACUGAAUUCAGGGGAUGAACCCUUCUAUCACUCCACUAUAACGAAGCCGCCCGCCGAAUAUUCUGAGUCGGGUCAGGACCGGGGCUUCAAAGUCGAGGAUGGCUGUCAAUCAUGGUUGGAGAAGGUGGACUCUGUGCCGUACUCUAGGGAUUUCGAGAAAGACCCUAUUUUCAUAGAAGGAUACAAUGAGGAGUUGAAGUCCUGUGCUGUCAAAUGUACAUAUGGGCAUGAAUCUGGUAAGAAGCCUGAUGCUGUAAUUGGGGUCCCUCAGGAAUCUGCCACUAAUGUGCUCCGGUCAAUGGAGUCAGCUGUGUAUUAUGCUGAGAAUAAUAUUGCAAUGGCACGACGGAAAGGGUAUAGUGUUGUAAUGACGACCAGCCUUUCAUCAGAUGUGCCUGUGGGAUACUUCUCCUGGGCUGAAUAUGACAUAAUGGCUCCAGUUCAACCCAAAACUGAAAGUGCUCUGGCUGCUGCUUUCAUCUCCAAUUGUGGUGCUCGAAACUUUCGUUUGCAAGCUUUGGUUGCUCUUGAGAAUGCCAACAUCACAAUUGAUUCCUAUGGCAGUUGCCACCGCAACCGUGAUGGAAGAGUGGACAAAGUGAAAACACUGAAGCGGUACAAAUUUAGCUUGGCUUUUGAGAACUGCAACGAGGAGGAUUAUGUUACUGAAAAAUUCUUCCAGUCUCUUGUAGCUGGUAACAAUUUACAUCCCUGUUCUGUUCCUGUGGUUGUUGGUGCCCCUAAUAUCCAAGAUUUUGCUCCUUCUCCCGGUUCUGUGUUGCAUAUCAAUGAGGUGAAAGAUGUCGGUUCUGUUGCCAAGACGAUGAAAUAUCUUGCUGAAAAUCCCAGUGCAUACAAUGAGUCAUUAAGGUGGAAGUUUGAGGGACCAUCCGAUUCUUUCAAGGCCCUUGUUGAUAUGGCUGCAGUUCAUUCAUCAUGUCGUUUGUGUAUUUUCUUGGCAACCAAAAUCCAAGAAAAUGAUGAAAAGACUCCACUUUUUAAGAACCGCCCCUGCAAGUGUACUCGUGGCUCAGAAACCACGUAUCACAUUUACGUAAGAGAACGAGGUAGAUUUGAGAUGGAGUCCAUUUUCCUAAGGUCCAACAACUUAACUCUGGACGCCCUGUCAUCUGCCGUUCUGUUGAAAUUCAAGUCUCUGAAACAUGUACCUGUUUGGAAACCCGAGAGGCCGGAAAGCUUAAAGGGAGGGGACGAGUUCAAAAUUUACAGAAUAUAUCCCAUCGGAAAGACACAGAGGCAAGCAUUGUAUAGCUUCAGAUUCAAAGGGGAUUCUGAUUUCAGGAAUCACAUAGAGAGCCAUCCCUGUGCCAAGUUUGAAGUCAUCUUGUUAUAGACUGUCUGAGAAAUUUAUUAGGUUUAGGAAAUGGGUGAUUGCUUCGGGUAUCUCCGGCUGGGAGCAUCGCUUGAUCCUCUUCUUUAGGGCUAACUCCUGGAUGAGUCGCUAGUUGCUCACUAUCUCUCACAUUGUAUUCUUUAGCUUUAUUUCGUACAUAAUUCCACGUCUUGUGGCUGAAUAUGGUAGGGAAAAUUAUAACCAAAACAUGCCCUAUCUGUUGCCUUUGUGUUGAUGUUUUGCAUCAUAAAUUAUCUCUUGAGAAUUUGGA